AUGGGUUCCAAGACACCCGAAGACCAGAUUCCUGGAGGCAAUGGCGGUCCACUUUCUACCGGCCCUUCCUCCAGCGGCGGGGAGCCCCGCGGCGCGCAUCUCUCCCGCGAUGGAGAUGCGAGCCUUGGAGACCAAGGUGACGACGACGAUGACGACGACGAUGACGACGACGAUGUUGAUGUUGGCUCCAGACCGUUGACGACAGCUGAUGACGGCCCCAAAAAGAAAAAGAAGAAGCCCAAGAAGAAGAAGAAGAAGUCUGCCGCUGCAAAGCAGCAGUCGUCGCCCCCAAGGGUGCCGCUGAGCGACCUCUUCCCUUCGGGAGAGUACCCCACGGGCGAGUAUCUUGCCUACAACAAGGCCCCUCCGUCGAACAUGAACACCGCACGCACCACGGCCGCGGAGCUGCGCUACCACAGCCGCCAGCACCUCGAGGACCCGGCGCUCCUCAACGACUACCGCAAGGCCGCCGAGGUGCACCGCCAGGUCCGGCAGUGGGUUCAGGAGACUGUCAAGCCCGGCUGGACGCUCCUUGACAUUGCCACCGGGAUCGAGGACGGCGUACGCUCGCUCCUGGCUAACCAGGGGAUCGAGCCCGGCGACAACCUGAAGUCCGGGAUGGGGUUCCCGACGGGACUGUGCCUCAACAACGAGACGGCGCACUACACGCCGAACCCCGGGCAGAAAGACGUAGUGCUGCAGUAUGGGGACGUCAUGAAGGUUGAUUACGGCGUGCAGGUCAACGGAUGGAUCGUCGACAGCGCCUUCACGAUGAGCUUCGACCCCAUGUAUGACAACCUCCUGGCCGCGGCCAGGGACGCGACGAACUCGGGCAUCAAGGCCGCCGGCAUCGACGUCCGCAUCUGCGACGUCAGCGCCGAGAUCCAGGAGGCCAUGGAGAGCUACGAGGUCGAGAUCCGCGGCAAGACGUACCCCGUCAGGGCGGUGCGCAACAUCUGCGCCCACGACAUCAAGCGCUACCGCAUCCAUGGCGGCAAGUCAAUCCCGUUCAUCCGGAACAACGAUCAGACCAAGAUGGAGGAGGGCGAGAUCUUUGCCAUUGAGACGUUUGGGACGACGGGCCGGGGCAAGCUGUAUGAUGACGUCGGUGUCUACGGAUAUGGACUACAGCAUGACGCCCCCGCGCAGGUGAGGCUGCCCUUCGCCUCCGCGAACCGGCUGUACAAGACGAUCAAGGAGCAGUUCGGGAGCAUUGUGUUUUGUCGCCGCUACCUGGACCGUCUUGGUUUGGACCGAUACUUGGCUGGGCUGAACUGCCUGGUCUCGAAUGGCGUCCUCGAGUCAUAUGCACCGCUCGCGGAUAUCAAAGGAUCUUAUUCCUCGCAGUUUGAGCACACAAUCUUGCUGCGGGAGGCCAGCAAGGAAAUUAUUAGUCGAGGAAGUGACUACUGA